AUGAGAGUCAGACAGGCUCUAAACCGUAGAGCCCGGGCAUUCGACCUUGCCCAGCUGUGUGCCUACACCACCAUGGAAGCUUGGCAUGAGCGCAUUUUUGAAGUUCUGCAAAAAGAACCAGCUCCAAAUGCAAUGCCAGUCACAAUGCACCAGUUGAAAGAAGCUGACAAGAUGCUUUUCAGGAAGCUCGCUGAGAAAACCCGAGGAGCCUUAGCACAACAGCCAGGAGACCACGAGCAUAAGCCCUACCAGGUUACCAAGUCCUUUGGCACCUGGACCUUUGACACCGCGGCCGAAAGGGGUAACUGCGGGGAGGAAAGCCUGGAAAAAGAGGGAAGCAAGUAUGGCAUUUACCAUACGCCGGAGCAGUUUAUUGAAAGGGCCAUUUCAUUAACGCAUCCGUUUGAUGACAAGUUUGCAGUUGAAGAUUUGACCAGGUCUAACCUUUUUGAACUGCUCACAAAGGGUAAAAGCCAUGUUGCAGUGCAGCGCCUAGACUUUGCAAAGAAGCUAGCCCGCUGGUCAAAAGAACUGGUGACAGAGGAAGCCAGAUACCUUGCAACCCUUCCACUGCAUGCCCAAAAAGUGCUAAAGGGUAAAAAGCUGUUACUCUUCCGAAAGUUGUUGGCAGAGUCUGGGUGUCCUGACCUGGGACCAAGCGACAUUAUGUCAGGACUAGACCUAGUUGGAACGGCAUCGAAGUCGCCCUUCUUCGAUACCAAGCUUGUGCCAGCUACGACAACCCCACAGUUUCUGCAGAUGUCAGCUAAGUGGCAGAGGCCAAAAAUGGAGGCCAGGAACGUGCAUGCAGAUGAUCCUGAGAUGUCCCGCCUUCUUUGGGACACCACUUUGCAGGAGGUGGAGUCUGGGUUUUUGGAAGGCCCUUUUGAAUCCAUGCAUGACCUCAAAGCACAUGUUGGAUCGGACCAGGUCGUAGUCAGCCGCCGUUUUGUCAUCAUCCAGUCCGGGAAACCAAGGAUCAUCGAUGAUCUGCGCGAGUCUGGAGUAAACAAGUCUUACACUGCUGUCGAUGCACUGGCCCUGCACGAUGUUGACUACGUAGCUUCUCUUGCACACUUGAUAACCACCACAGUGAGGCAUGCCAUGGACGACCCAGAACGUUUGUGGAUGGUGGGACGAUUGCAUCCAGACUUUGAAGGCGAAGUAGAAUGGCGAGGCAGGUGCGUGGAUUUGUCAAAGGCCUACAAGCAAAUCCCUGUCAGCCCUGAGUCGAGACCUUUCGCAGUGCUGAUGGUUCAUCACCAUAGCACUGGCCUCCCAGUGUACUUCGUUAGCAACAGCCUUCCGUUUGGUGCAAGCUCUAGCGUGUUUGGUUUCAACAGAGUUUCCAGGAGUUUGUGGCACAUAGCAAGCGUGUUUUGCAAACUGCUUGGGGGAGUCUUUUUUGAUGACUUUCCACUCUUGGAGCCGCAGCCCUUGUGCGCCCUGGCAACCAAGUCUUUUGAAGGACUUCUAAAAGCCUUGGGUUGGAAGUUCUCCGACGACCCAAACAAGACCCAUCCUUUUGAGACUGAGUUUGACGUCCUUGGUAUACGCUUGAGCGUAGGUUCCUUGCAUGGGGGCCCCUUCGUCAUGCAAAACAAGCCUAGUAGAGUCGAGAAAAUUCAGAAACUCUUGGAAGACACUGCCACCCUUGAGAAAGUAGACAAGAGGCAUGCCCAAGUGGUACAUGGGAACCUGAACUUCGCCCUCAGUUUCUUCUUAGGGAAAUCCCUCCUUGUCUCAGCCCGUGCGUUUGCCCACUUGACCACCGAGGGUCACAAAGCUUCACCAGAACAGAUUGAGCAGCUGUGUGCCUGGACCCACGCCAUGGUGGGAACUCUGAAGCCAAAGAGGUUGGACCCCGAGGGGGUAGCAAAACCAGUGUUAGUUUUCACAGAUGCCGCUUAUGAAAAUGGUGUGGCUACCUGGGGGAUAGUGGUGAUAGACCCCGCGACAGAGGUAAGGACUGCACUUGGAGGCGAAAUUCCAGCUUCCUUGGUAGACGCAUGGCAUAGCCUAGGGAGUGACCAGGUAAUCACCUUAGCAGAGGCCUUUGCAGUUCUUCUUGCACGUGUUGUUUUCCGAAAAACCUUGACCAAGCGUAGAGCUCUAUUUUUCGUGGACAAUGAGGGUGCCAGGUAUUCCUUGAUAAAGGGUGUAAGCCCGACUCUCGCGCUGCUGCAGAUUGUCCAGCUCUUCCAUUCCUGCUCCGAGGAAGACCAAUGCCUGCAGUGGAUAGAGAGAGUGCCGUCGAAAUCAACCAUCGCCGACCUUCCAAGUAGAGGCCAGACCGAACUGGCCCUCAGGCUCAUAGGUGGUGAUGCCUGGACCGAACCUGUCGAUGUUGAGACUGUUGCCAGACUUUGCAGUGACUUCAAGCAGAUGCCGACGCUCCUUCAACACAGCAUUCAGCAUGCAAACAGCCUCCAGCUGGAGUUGCAACAGCAUGACGACUUCACGGGGGAAUAA